GGAAGGAGCUUUGAUUUGCUCGAAAUUUAGUUUUUAGAAAACGUUGUUUUGACGGGUUUUUUUCCUCAGUUUAUUUCUAAAAGUUAAAAAAAAAUGUUUUAAAGUUUUUGUUUCCUUGGGCCAAGGUAGGAAAACUGCCUGUGAUCACUCUUUUGGAUUUAGCCUACUGAAUAAAAAUAGCAGAAAAGAAUGCGAAAUUCUCAUACUGCGCAAUUCCUGUUCUGUGUAAAGUCCAACUUGUGGAUCUACCCGGUUUAGCGGUGGGACCCGCCUACUUCCGACCCUGAUCGUGAACGCGGUCACCAAUGUAAACAAAAGUCCCAAAAGUGUCGCGUUUAGGACUACAAGAUGUCCGUGUUAGAGAUAUUGUUCACAAUGAAAUCAAAUCCAUGCUGGAUAUACUCUGGAUGCUGAUCUUGAACUACGGUAUCCACCAAAUAGGACAAAACGCCUACCAGCGCAGUGUGGGGAUCGGCAAAAAGAACCUUCUAGAGUGGUGCCAAGAAGAAUUGGGAGCCGCUUUUGACCACAGAAACACUCUCACUUUCAAUCUUUGCAAUGGCGACUGGUUUGUCAAGCUGCUAGAAAAAGUGGCCGGAUGCAGCAUGACCAAAUCUGAGGAUAAGUCAGAGUAUAUCGAUGCUCUACUUGUGGAGAUCCAAGACAGAUACAUGAUAAAAAAGGACAUCAUUAA